GACGCGGUCCCUAGUGUUUCCGGGCAACUUCGCAGAGAAGAGACUAGCGAAUAAUAUUUCAGGACUAAACAACGAUACAUACGUUGACUACAGGUAGUUUGUCAGCCACGAGGCGAACAUUGACUAUUUAGUACUUCAUAUUUUCCAAGUUUGAAGACCUAACAUAAUAAAAUGGCUGACCAACUGACUGAGGAGCAGAUUGCUGAGUUCAAGGAGGCGUUCUCACUGUUCGACAAGGACGGCGACGGCACCAUCACCACCAAGGAGCUGGGCACUGUCAUGCGUUCUCUGGGACAGAACCCUACUGAGGCAGAACUACAGGACAUGAUCAACGAGGUAGACGCUGAUGGUAAUGGGACGAUCGAUUUCCCAGAGUUCCUGACAAUGAUGGCAAGGAAGAUGAAGGACACAGACAGCGAGGAGGAGAUCAGAGAAGCCUUCAGAGUCUUUGAUAAGGAUGGGAACGGCUACAUCAGUGCGGCAGAGCUGCGGCACGUCAUGACCAACCUCGGGGAGAAGCUCACAGACGAGGAGGUGGACGAGAUGAUCCGCGAGGCCGACAUUGAUGGAGACGGACAGGUCAACUAUGAGGAGUUUGUGCAGAUGAUGACAGCCAAGUGAAGUGGACUGUGCUCUCACAUUUCUCUCUCACAUUGCUUGUCCUCCUAAGAUCACUCUGUCUUUAAGAAAACAAACCAAUAAUCAAGCCAAAAUGUAAAACAAAAAAAUUAUUCAAUGUACAAAA